UGGCCUUUCCUAUACCAGACCACCUUCCGAAGCGACCAGCACCUGUCGACGUCUCUUCGCAAAUCUUGUAUAAAAUCGACUCUGCGACGAAGGACACGCUAAAUUCGUCUUUGGCAGCGUCAUGGCUCGGGGAGCUAGAGGACUCGAUUCAGGCCACGAAGGAACGUAUCCAUGACCGUAUUCAGUCCGACUUACCCAAAUUCAAUCACCAGCUUGAAACGUCCAAGUCAGUCCAAGCUCGCUAUGAAUCGCUAGUUUCUAGGACAGACAAGCUGAAUGAAUCCAUUGCCAACCCAAAUGCGGGCAUUCUUCCAACACUUGUUGAGACUUUGUCAAAACACUCGUCACUAGCUCAAGAAGCCAGUGAUGCAGAGGCACUUUACGAGGGCUUCUCCUACCUUCUACGCUGCAGAAAUGUCUACUCGUCUCUCGUCUCCGUGAUCCUAGCUGGCAAAUUGCCGGAGGGUGUCGCAAUUUCUGCAGAGGUUCAGCAGCUACUCGAGGAAAUGCCACCAUCGCUCACGAAGACUGCUGUUUCGGAAGACCUGAAGGACAAAUUCAGUGCCUCCAGGGCUCGGAUCCAGGACCAAUUAACCGACGCCUAUUCAAAGAGCAUCAUCAUGUCGCCCAAGGAGAUUAUCAUCCGUGCAGAAGUGCAAGGGCGCGGUUCCGACACAAUGCUCAAGCUGUCUGCAUUAUUACACUCCCUUUCUCCUACGACGCUCUCGGGUCUGCUGUCCACUUUGCGCAGGGACCUCUUGACUUACUUCGUGGACCACGUCCUCACUCAGCCGUACACAGUGUUGACUGAAACAUCUAUUCCUGAUGAAGUCAAGUUGUCCUUGAUUCCUGCUCCGCCGUAUUCUGAAGACCUGCGAAAACGCAUUGACAAUUUGUCCAAUAUUUUGGACUUCCUCUCAAUCCACCUCUUUCCUCAUUUCCCCCAACAAGAAAUUGCCCAGUUUACACGCUCUCUGAGCAAGCCGAUCACGAACAGUGUGCUGAACAACCUCCUCACGCCUUUCCUCCCUUCUUCAUUCGGUCUUCUUCCUUCCUUCCUUGACCUUCUACGGCGAGCAGUCAUUUUUGAAGAGAAUGAUAUACAACGUCUGUUAGAAGGCGAUCGACAGGAAGGAUCUAUUAAGGCCUGGUCAGAUGGGGUCUCGGGCCAUUACGAACGGCGACGACGUGUCGAAAUUCUGGAACAGGCCCGCAAAGAAAUUGUUACAAUCGACGAUAUCAAUGACACAUUCAAAGCCGUUAGCGAUGGUGGCCCGGAAACAUCACUUCCUACAGUCGUACCGGUGCAGGAAGACGAAGCUCUCAAGGACGAUGCCUGGGGCUUUGACGAACCCGUUAGUAGCAAUCCUGUGGAAGACAAUGCUGAUGGAUGGGGCUUCGAUGAACCUACUACCCCCAAUGCCGCCACGGACAACGCAGAUGGCUGGGGCUUUGACGACGAGAUGGACCCUGAACCCGCACCAGAAGCACAACCUGAAGUCCCCAGUGAGGAGGCAGCCCCAGAACUUAUGGAGGUUGAUGAAAAGAAGGAAGAAGCUAACGGCGACGCAGAGCCGGAUCCAGGAGACGCGUGGGGUUGGAACGACGAUGCGGAUCUCCCGGCAGAGGAUGCCCCAGAAGACAAUCCAUGGGAUGACCCCUGGUCCGACCCUCCUGAUACCACUGCAACUCUUGAACCGCCGCCGUCGCCACCUCCCCCUGCAAGCAUUGUUGUCUCUCCUAAGGUAGCUACUCGACUAGAAAAAUUAGCAACGAAGCAGAAGAAGCAGCUCAACGGCCAGUCUUCAACCACCACAACACCAUUAUCGUCACCUCCAAUACCUGAACCAACGAUGACAUUUUCGCCUCCCUCACCUCCACCUGAGCCAGAACGUAAGAACGCACCAGAGAAUGGCCGCCUUAAGUUGAAGCGCCCUCCAGAAGUCGUGACAACAAUUGCCCCACAGGAAUACUACCUCGUACCCAAGCAGACGAAGCGCGUCCUCAAGAUGGUCGAGACGGUCAUCGACGAGAGCAAGCUCUUCUACGCGUCGAAUCUCUUCCCUGCGUCGAAAGAUAUGUUUCCCGCUCCAGGGUCGAUAUUGCUGCAAUCGACGUCGUCGAUAUUGGAUCUGUAUGAGGCUCUGUAUCCUGUUAAACAUGCGAAGGCACUAGAGUUGCCAGAAAGGGGGAUGCUCUUUUCUAACAGCUGCGUGUACAUGACUGGUGCGGUCCAACGGCUGGAAGACACAAUCUAUGGGCAGUCCAUUCUGAAGGAGCGCUUAGUAGAGUGCAGACGCCACCUACAGGUUUUGGGUGACAAUUGGUACGAUGGCACUAUCGAACGGGAGCAACAGAGGAUUGACAAAAUUCUUGUCGAUGGUGCUCAAGGCUUUACAUAUACCACAGACCAAGACCGUUAUGAUGAGUGUGAGCAAACCGUCAAUGAUGUGCUCAAGGAUAUCAAAAAGCUUGCUCAGCGUCUCAAAGGCAUCCUCAGCAAGAGCAAGUACUUUGCUGCCAUUGGUUCAGUAGCAGACUCUGCUUUAUCAAGAGUGCUUCGAGACGUCCUCGCGCUGCCAGAUAUUCCGGAAAUGGAGUCUCAUAGGCUGAGCGAACUGUGUCGGAUACUCAAUGCUCUGGAGGGCCUUUUCAGCGACAACCCCGAACAGGCCUCCUUUGUCGUUGCCUACGUGCCCAACUGGCUAAAAUUCUCAUAUCUUUCGGAACUUCUGGAAGCCUCUCUUGCAGAUAUCACAUACCUCUUUGAGCAGGGGGCGCUCGUCGAUUUCCAGGUCCAUGAGCUCGUUAACUUGGUUCGAGCCCUCUUUGCAGAUACCUCACUAAGGACAAAUACGAUCAACAAGCUCCUGAACGGUCAUCCAGCACCGUCGUAGU